AGACCAAGAAAACGGCAACAGAGCUCCAAAACGGGGUAACUACCAUCGUUAGCUUUUUUCUGCUUGGAAUCAUCAUCAUCAUUUGGGCUAAAUAUAUCAGAUUUUACAGGAAGGAUGUCUUUAGUUCAGCUUGAGAGAAAGUUUAUUUACGAGCAGGGGACUCCUGCUGAAGAAGCUUUAUCAGAGUUUAAAGAAAUCAUCGUCAAGACCGAGGAAGAGAGCGAUGAUCAGAGCAGACAGAUGGAUUUCACUCGGACACCCCAGAUAAUCUUACACCGAAUAGAUUUCCUACCGCUUGAUGGGGUGAAAGAGGAGGUUCUUGCCAAAGAGCUUCUCUCUAACCAACAGAGUACCUUUAGUUUGGACCAGGAGGAACCAGAAGCGAUGAGGAUUAAAGAAGAUUUGAAGAAGGAACUGAAACAUCAGGAUAUAAAAGAAGAGCAAGACGAGCUAGCAUAUAAUGAGGUAAAAGAAGAGCAAGAGAAGCUGGCAGAACACCAGUUAGAUCAGCAGGAGGAGCUGGUCUGUCUGCAGAUAAAAGAAGAGCAGCAGGAGCUUGAACAUCAGCAGAUGGAAGAGCGGGGAGAGGUGGUAUCUCGCCAGAUAAAAGAAGAGCAGGAAGAGCUGAAACAUCAGCUGAUAAAGGAAGAGCAGGACAGUCAAGAGCAAGUUUUGGUGAAGUUGGAGACUGAUACCUUCAUGGUGACUUCUACAAGUGAUGAGAAAUACCACACAAAUUUAAUAGAAAACUACUUAUGUCUCAGGACUCGUCUGAGACUGAGAAACAAGAUCACGAAGGAAACAAUCCUAAAUAUUCUGGAUCAAACAGAGAUGAUGGGCUGAAGCGAAAUGAGAGCUGCUGGAAAUCUAGACAACAUGAUGACAAUGCUGAUAGUACAAAACAAGAUGGUCUCCAAAAAACUCAAAAUAAAAAUGUGUAUUCUUGUA